UGAUGUGAAUAAAUUGUAGUUACAUUGUACUAUAACUUCGACGUAGUUUCAAGUCUUUGUCGUAUUAUACUGUUUCUUCACAGCGAAUUUGAAUACUUUAUUUAGUAGCCAGGAUGGCUGAUAGUGCAGCAAUAGAAAGGGAAAAGCAUAUGAAACAAUUAAAACGUAGAAUGGAAUGUUGGCGUGAAGUAAUACUUCCAUUGAAUUCCAUUCUAUUAUGGGAACGGUCCUGGUACCCUGGUCUUAUAUUUGGAAUUACAACCAUAAUAUUUUUUCUAAUAUGGAUGUUGGAACCUGCUAUACUUACAAUAGUAUCUGUAACUCUUCUUAUAUUGGCUUUGAUUGAUUAUCUUGUACCAGUUGUGUUAUCAUUGUUGAGUCCUGUCAACAAAUGGACAGGUCAGAAAGAGAAAAAGUUAAAUGAGAUAUGUCAAAAUUUAUCUGUAAUAAUCUUACAGUUACAAAGUUUGUGGAAAUUGAUGUUAAAAACACGAAAUGAUCGUCCCAAUGUGUAUUAUCCAGGCAUAAUACUUUGUCUUGUUCUUUGUAUAUGGAUUGGAAGCACAGUUAAUAACUUACUUCUAUUUUAUAUUGCAGUGAGUAUCCUUUUACUUACACCAGGAUUCAGACAUAAGGGACGUGCGAUGUCAGUUAGUGUAGCAUAUGUGUGCGAAUUUCUAUUUCACGAAAAACAAUCAUAAUCAUCAUUUUGUAUGUGUUUUCCUCUUUAUUCUCUGUGAGACUUUAACUACAAUAAAUUAAUUCGUAAUUUAUUAAUUCAUAAUUAGGGAUAACUAGCUUUUCAGCUUUUUAAACGUACAAGUACUGUAAUAUAAAUUGUGUCUUCAUCUCUUUUCAUCGUUUUAUGUGAUAUUUAAGAUUGCAUAAUUCGUUUUACACGCACUUUUAUAAUAUAAAUAUACUUCCACAUUAUUCUUCAUUCAUCGAUAACAAUAAAAUUAUUUCAUCUUUCA